AUAUGGGUUUCUCCAUAGCCCAUCACCAUCUGCCACACCAAAGAACGCUCUCACAGAUCACAUUCGCUUCAAAAUUAAAGCUUCAUCCUCUGUUUGAUUUGAUCAGCCAUGUACACCGCCAGCUCUAGUUCCACCACGCUCAGAUGCACGAGCAAGACUGCUAGCUUCGGCGCCAGCUUUAACCAAAGGAGCGGCCACCGCCGCUGCACGGUCAGAGCGGCGGCGGCCACGGCUAGCAGGUCGACGGACUACUACAAGGUGCUGUCACUGGAGCACUCGUCUGACGUGGGCGAGGAGGAGGUCAAGCGCGCGUACCGGCGGCUCGCGCUGCAGUACCACCCGGACGUCUGCCCGCCGUCGCGCCGUGCCGAGUCCACGGAGCUCUUCGUCGAGCUCCGCCGCGCCUACGAGACCCUGUCCGACCCGGCUACGCGGAUGCGGUAUGAUGCUGAGCUGAGGACGGGAUACACGGCACCGAGGCCGGCCGCCGACGGGUUCACGAGGGACGUGUGGGAGGCGCAGCUGUGCGUGCUCCGUGCGAGGUCUGAACUGCGGAAGAGCGCGAGCAGGCAUGGCGGCAACCGGUCCUAGGCGCUGGGCGAUCUGAAAUUCUGAUAGUGUUUGGGAGCUGCAAGCUCAAGUUCAUUUAUUCUUUGCGUUGGUCUGAUUUGACAGUAGACACCGCGAGACUCGUAGCACAUCUGUUUUUAUUGGGUGUUUGAGUUGUGUAAAUUGUAAAAUGAUUAUGGUACAAAUAACUUGAUUCUUAUAAAGUUUAAUU